AUGCGUUUUACGGCCAAAUUGCUCCUGGCUCCCAUUGCGCAUAGUUCUUCUGACUACUUUAUGCUGUCUGCCGCCGAGUCAGAAUGCGCUGCUCGCCGUGCUGCUGAGGCUGCCUCCACGAUUGCAGCUGCCACCGCAGCUGCUCAACUCGCUCGUAGAGCCGCCGAGAUGGCUGAUCGACUUACGGGAAUUUCCAGCCUACCUGGAUCCCCGGGCCCUCUUGACUCAGUCGACAAUGGGCAGGCCAAUGCUUCUGCAUUUUUGGAUAGUGAUGGAAUCACUACUUUGACGCCAGCUGGUACAGCGAAUCAGCCGAGGAUAUUGGUUCAAGAGGAUGAAGUGGAGGUUGGUACCAUCGAGAAAGCGAGCACAACGGCGACGGAGCAGGAUGAAGUGGCUAUUGGCAUGAGAGAGCCAGACACGACUGACGCUUCGGUUGCACUUUUGUUGGCGCGAGUGCGGGAAAUGGCGGAACGCGCCAGAGCUGCCGAAGCAAUGGCUAAGGAUGCCAUGGAUCAGUUAGAUGCAGAACAAUGCUUCCGAAAGCUGUACAAA